UCCUCACUCCGAUUCCAUCAUUCUAUCCACAACACAUUUCUCUCAACGCUUCCCACGCACACUCACCGCCGCCGCUACACAUGGCGGUUGCCAACGCCUGGGCUACGGGGCACUCCGCCUCGCCUCCGCCUCAGCUCCGCCCCCCCUCCUCCUCCUCCGAAAACCUGACCCAUGUUUUGAAGAAUAAGUUUUCCCCCAAUUUGCCCAAUAAAUCUAUCAUCAGAAGAAGCAGGAAAUCCAAGCUAUUCUGCCGCUGCAGCAGCGAUUCCGAAAACAUCAAGAAAUACAGCACCUCCGAUUUAAGUAGCUCUUCUUCUUCGAGCUGUUCCUCGUCGUUGUCGGCGCCAUCAUCCGCGGGUUGGGAUUGGAAUAGGUGGACUCGCCAUUUUUCUGAAAUUGAGCAGGCCGAGAACUACGCCUCUGUUCUAAAGUUUCAAUUAGAAGAUGCAAUAGAGAAGGAAGACUUCCAGGAAGCUGCUAAGUUGAAAAUAGCUAUUGCAGAAGCAACAUCAAAGGAUAACAUUGCCGAAAUAAUGUCACAGCUGAAGAGUGCAAUCGAUGAAGAACGCUACCAUGAUGCUUCAAGAUUAUGCCGAAACACAGGAAGUGGGCUGGUUGGUUGGUGGGUUGGAUAUUCAAAAGAUUUGGAUGAUCCUUUUGGAAGAAUAAUUCGGAUAACUCCAGGGAUGGGAAGAUUUGUUGGCAAAACUUAUAGUCCGAGACAGUUGGUCACAUCGUCUCCUGGAACUCCACUGUUUGAAAUGUUUGUGGUUAAAGAUGACGAUGGAGGAUAUAGCAUGCAGGUUGCAUUUCUAAAACAAACUAAAGGAAAUUCGGCAAAUUCCAAUUCUUCGUCCGACAAAUCCGCCAAGGGGCCGUCAGCAGGUGAAGCCGAGAAUACAGCCGUGGUCGAUGUCAAGCUGGAAGAGAGCGAAGCAGAAAAAGGUGAAGGGAAGAGCAUUGAUUUGGAAGGGGCUGCUGAAGAGGGAAUAAAGGGUGUCAUCAAUUUUCUCAAGGAAAAAAUACCCGAACUGAAGGUUAAAGUAAUGAGGGUCGAUGUUACUGAGAACAUAACUGAGGAUACUCUGAAGCAGUUUAUUGAAGAAGACAGUGAGAGCAGAACCGGCAAGGAUGUAGAAGAGGAUGCUACCGAAAUAGAUAGUAAUCAGCUGGAUCGGGUUGCUGCCCAAGGAGAUAGUGACACAACGGAUGAUGAAAACUUAGACACAAAGCUUUACAUCGGUGGGGUUUUACACAACAAUGAACAAAGUCCUAGCAAGGAUGAGUUCAUUCGUGUCCCUGCUGAUAUUAAAGAUAUGGAGAGGGAUUCCUUUAUGCUGCAUAUUUCGAAGAUAUAUCACGAUAAUGAACCGGAAGAAAACACUGCAUCUAAAGUUAAGGUGGGUGCAAUAGCUGCCCAAAGUGUUUCCGAUCUUAUGCCUUCUGAAAUUGCCAAGGCUUUCUGGAGUUCAGAAAAGGUCUCCCCUAAGAUUUCCAAAGAUGUACGUGAAAUAGUAAAGCUUGCCGUCGGCCAGGCCCAGAAACGGAAUAAACUGUCUGAGUACACAGAUUUUAGUCGGAUUACUGUUCCCAGUGGUGAUUUAGAUCCAUUUGAGGGGUUAUACGUUGGUGCUUUCGGACCUUAUGGCACCGAGGUGGUGCAGUUGAGGCGCAAAUAUGGUAACUGGAACACGAGUGACGAUAAGCAAUCUUCUGAUGUCGAGUUCUUUGAGUAUGUCGAGGCAGUCAAGCUGACAGGGGAUCUGAACGUUCCCGCUGGCCAGGUAACGUUUCGUGCUAAAAUAGGGAAGGUUAAUCGCAAUGCCAACCGAGGAAUGUACCCACAUGAGCUAGGAGUGCUUGCAAGUUACAGAGGCCAAGGAAGGAUUGCGGAAUUUGGAUUCCGGAAUCCCAAGUGGGUCGAAGGCGAGCUUCUUCAGCUGAACGGCAAGGGUUUGGUGCCGUAUGUGAAAGGUGCAGAUCUCGGCUUCCUGUACGUUGUCCCGGAGCAAAGUUUCCUCGUGCUGUUCAAUCGCCUGAAGCUGCCGGAGUGAGGGAGUGAGUGUUUUUUAUAGUAUUUGUGUUAUUAUUACAACAAUUUUGACACCAUAUGAGUAUACAUGUUUGAAAUAAAAGUACAUACAUCUUGUACUUUUUUAUA